AUGAUAAUCUCCAUGCUUAUAUUUACCGUCUUCUCCGGCGGAUGUGGCGCUGCUCACACCAUGAUGCAACUGAUUGUAUACCGAGUAUUCCAGAGUAUGGGAGCCGCGGGUAUGGUAUCGUUAACGCUAGUAGCCGCAUAUGAAAUGGUUUCGAAAGAUAAAUAUCCAUUGCAAGCAGCUCUUAUAGGGUCUGCAAUUGCAUUGGGGAGUCUAGUGGGGCCGUUGAUUGGGGGAGGCGUCAGUGAACAUUCGACUUGGAGAUGGGUGUUUUUGAUCAAUGUUCCUGUCGGUGUGGUGUGCGCGGCUCUACUUUAUAUCUCUGUUCCUUCCAAUUUUCCCUACCAUGGUCGUCCUGUCCUUCCUCAUCCUAUCACAAACUCUCUCUCUCGUCUCAAUAUUUCGGGGGCAUCUCUUCUCCUGGGCGCCACCGUCUUACUCGUAACAGUCCUUCUUGAAGCCGGUAUAGAAUUUGCCUGGAAAUCCGGUACUGCGAUUGCAUUAAUAAUCUUAUCUGGAAUACUAUUCGUCGCAUUCAUGCUGAACGAGAAGAUGGGGACCUUGCUGAUGUCAUUCCUCUCCGGAGUCCCCUACAACAUAAUCGUAAUUGACAUACCCCGACGCUUCCAAGCCAUCGAUUCCAUCUCGCCCUUCACAUCCGGACUCCGACUCAUCCCCUUCAAUUUCUCCAUCUCCCUCUCCCCCAUUCUCGUCAACAUCAUUGCCAAACAACGUGUACCGCCUAUCAUCCUUCUCUUCAUUGGUUCCAUCAUUCAACUUGUCGGCAUGUCGCUCUUCUCCACCCUUCCCGAGAACGGUACGCUACCGAACACCAUUUAUAGGUGGGAAGUACUGACCGGUUUUGGUAUGGGUUGGGUUAUGGGCAUCUGUUUGUUGUUGCCACCAGCGGUGGUCGAAGGUAGAGAUCUGGGUACGUCAUUACAUCUUCCUCCCUUUCUCCCUUCAUUCUUCUUCCAUAACCUAAUAUGUGAAAUUCCCAAUUUCUAA